AUCAAACGCGCCGCAUCUUCAAGUGUGUGUGUGUAUGUGUGCGCGCGUCUGCGUUGGAUAAGCCCGCACACGGCCGAGAAAAAACUAGCUUAGCGGAGACAAAACAGAGCAAAAAUGGCCGGUGGGAGCUCCCUGGAAGCUGUGAAGAAGAAAAUCAAGUCGUUGCAGGAGCAGGCCGAUGUGGCGGAGGAACGGGCAGCGCUACUGCAGCGGGAACUGAACCAGGAGAGGAGUGCGAGGGAAGCAGCUGAGGGUGAUGUAGCAUCCCUGAACAGACGCAUCCAGCUGGUUGAGGAGGAGUUGGACCGUGCUCAGGAGCGUCUGGCCACAGCCCUGACCAAGCUGGAGGAGGCUGAGAAGGCUGCUGAUGAGAGUGAGAGAGGCAUGAAGGUCAUUGAGAACAGGGCAAUGAAGGACGAGGAGAAGAUGGAGCUGCAGGAGAUCCAGCUGAAGGAGGCCAAACACAUUGCUGAGGAGGCUGACCGCAAAUACGAGGAGGUGGCCCGUAAGCUGGUGAUCAUUGAGAGCGACUUGGAACGUACAGAGGAGCGUGCUGAGCUGUCUGAGAGCAAAUGCUCUGAGCUUGAGGAGGAGCUGAAAACCGUGCAGAACAACCUGAAGUCUCUGGAGGCUCAGGCAGAGAAGUACUCGCAGAAGGAGGACAAGUACGAGGAGGAGAUCAAGGUUCUCACAGACAAGCUGAAGGAGGCUGAGACCCGUGCUGAGUUCGCUGAAAGAUCAGUCGCCAAGCUUGAGAAGACCAUUGAUGACCUUGAGGACCAUCUAUACAAACAGCUUGAGAAAAACCGUCUUCUGACCAAUGAACUGAGAGUAGCCUUAAACGAGGCCUAAACUGGAAUCGGCUCUUGUAUGCUUUAAUUUUUCUGAAAUUCAAAAUGUCCAGGCAUAUUGUCUUUUGCUGUUAUAUAAAAAGAGCAUCGGCAACUGCGUCUACGACACAAAACUUAAACCAAGAAAUGCUUUCAACAAACGGGAAUACAAAUGGAAGAUUUUCACAUUAUGCAUGCUACAACAGCAGUUUGAGAGGUCAGUCAUCCUCAGGUUAUGAACAGCCACAAAAUGGAUUUUAUGUAAUUUCUCAGUUAUUGUCAGGGCUGUAGCACAUGAAUCCAGUUUAAAUCUGUAUGGUGGGCCCACAGCUGGGGAAGGCUUAAAAUGCUGCAAGGCGUCUAGAAAUCCUUCCGCAUCCCUGAAUCCAUCUCCAAAAAGAAGGGCAAGUUAAGUUCAUAACAGAAAUAAUCAAGUUUCAACUAAAAUCCUAAGAUAUAGUCUGCUGAGCUGUACUGAGAACCAAGCUACCCAUUGUUUUGGUUUUAUUGAAAUUUUGACUUGCUCUGUUUUGCCCCAAUAAGAGUAGGUUAUUUUUCAUCUGCACAGUAGCAUCUAAUCAGAACACAGGACAAUGUUUUGACUAGGGUUUGCAUUAUUAACACAUUUGAUUUUGGUGAUGUGGUUCUUAACCCUGUGAUGCUUUAGAGAACUAAUCUUUCAAACCCAGCCUGCCAGAGCUUCAGAUAUGUAACAUUUGAAUGAGCAUAAACACUUUAAAUGCACAAACUUUAGUCUAAAUAGUAACAUAUGUGACAGGUUAGAAAUGAAAAUUUACCCUUUGACUGACUGACAUAUAAAUUGUCCCUGUUACAUAAAUGAUUAAAUUCAACUAAGGUGGUGGUGGUGGUGGGGGGGGUCUAAUUUGGUGUGUAGCAGCAAGGAUGGAGUGAUGACCAUUAGUGCAUGUAGAGAGAAUUUUCACCAUAUGUUUCUAUGGGCUGACUAGAGGAAAGUUGUAGUCUCAUGGCUGGAAGUCAUAGAACAUGUUCCUUUUACAUGACAGAGCAUCCAGCCUGAACCACUGCAAGGAUAAGUAACAGUAUAACUAAAGCCUUAGAGUAAAAAUAAAAGGGAAUUUUUCCACAGAGCUCUCUAAUUUGGGGUCC